AUGCCGCCCUUCUCCCCUCCUCCGUCAUUCGCGUCUUCGUCGUCUUCCCCCUUUUCCUCGUCUGUGAAGUUGGCGGUGCCGUCUCCCGCGCAGCCUGAGCCUCGAGGGAGGACAGAGGUCGAGGAUCUUCCCGGCGGCGCAGCCUUUCGAGGCAAGUCGCGGGCAUCCUCCCAAGCCCGUGGAUGGGAGGGCUCUUCUCUUCCGUGCUCCUCUGUCUCGUCGUCCGCUGUCACGACACCUCAGGCGGACGCCUACGCGUUUCCCUCCUUCCCGCCUUCCGUCGCAUCCAGCUCUCAGACCCCCUCCCUUUCUGUCACGUCGACCUCCUCGGGGCCGUCUCCGCCUCUCGGCCACCUCGUCGACUCUGCACAUAAGCCGAACUGGACUUCAGCCAGUCCAGCCUCUUCACCUUCUCCGUGUUCGCCCCAGGCCUUCCCUUGCUCUCCCGACGCCCUGCUCGGCGCGUGCAUCCCUCUGCCGCCGGUGGCUACUGGAGGCAAAAUCAGCUGCCACGCGUCUCUUCCGCCCUUCUGUGUGAUUGUGACGGCAGUCUCUCCUCUCGUUCACACCUCUUCUUCUUUCGCUUCUUCGUGUCCAACUCUCUGCUCCCCGCCGCGCCUCCAGGCAGGCUCUGCUGAAGGUUCCCGUGCCUCAUCCUUCGAAUCUCCCCCCGGUCCACCUGCCGCCCACCCGGCAGGCCGCGCGGCUUCCCCACACGCAGCAGCCGCUGUCUCUUCGUCCGAGGGCUGUCUCUCUCGGGAGCAAGUUGCUGCCUGUCUGUCUCUGUCUUCUUCGUUCGUUUACGCCGCCGCCGUCCACUCCUGCUCACAGCUCCGGUGUCCCCCGGACUGCGUCUACAUUUCGCUAAGCAAUGAGGUGUAUCUCCUCCACGUUCCGGCUCUUCUUUUUGCCCAGGAACUUUCCCGCCCGACUUUGGCGGCUCCUGCUGAAUCAGGGGCAGAGAAGGAGGCGCUUCGAGAGCCCAGCGCAGAGUCCGAUGGCCUCUCGCGGCUCGCCUCCGUUGCGCUCUUCUCCCAUGGGUCGCCGGCGCUCUGGGGCUCUCCGGUGUAUCCGCUCAGAGGGCGGCGCUACAAGACCCGCGCAUGUGCUGAGGGCGUCGUCGCAGCUGGGCCUCUGGAGGGAAGUCCCUUUGCGCAUCAGGGCGCGGGGCGGCAAGAUGCGUGCUUCCACGCAGGGACGCGGAGACGGUCUUUCCUCACAGAAGUCAGCUGUCAGUCUCUCUCGCGGCCAACGAGAAGUUUCUCCUCGGUAGGAUCAGGAGACUCGGUCGCGUCUGCGUCAUGUCCGGUGAGUCGAGGCGCGACGUUUUCCGGGGAGGAUUUGUGGCACGGCGACCGCAGAAGCCAGCCGAGCUCGCGUCCCCCGUCCCUAGAAGCCCUGCCGCCUCUGCAUGCACUCUCGGGUGUCGGGGUCGACGGCGCAGACCGCAGUGUACUUGGCGGCUUCCUUCUGUCUCCGGAAACGUCUGCGCUUUCUCCGCCUCCCUCCGUGCUCCUCUCGCUUCUCUCUAAAGUUCUGCCCGCUCCCUUCCCGUCGCUCUGGCCGCCUCUCGUUCUUCUCCAAACCCUCCGCGAGGACGGAGACUCCAGCGACGAAGGCCCGGCGCGUCUGAGGCGAUUGCAGGCCAGAGAGGUGUCUCCGGCUGCGCCCCGACCGUCUCGCCUGUCGCAUCGGUGUGCACACGUUUCGCCUCUUUCCGCCGCUUCCUCUUCCGCCGCGUCCUCCGUCCUCGUGCUGGGCCACGCCUACGCAAUGAGCGUGUGCACACACAUGGGAACUGUGCGGAGUGUCCAGCUGCAUCCGGCGACGGCAUGCACGGCGUUGCUUCUCUUCGCCGAUGUUGAGGGCUGGGGCGUCCACGUUUGGCGCGAACGCGAACCUUGCUCGGGCGCCAUGGAGCUCGCCGUGCGCGUCGAACUGUCGCUUCCUUCUUGCUUCGCAGUGGGGACCGAGGCCGACCAUGGGAGACGCGCCGGGCGAGGGCGGGAAGCAAAGAGGAGGACGAUGCGCGCCGAGGAGGAGACAGAGCCCGAGAGUGCGCCUGCCAGAGGUCUCGAGUCCAGAUUCAAGCGAAGCGAGACCGAGAGAGACAUGCGAGAGAAGACGAAAACGGGCUCCUCGCCACGCUCGUCGCUGCGAGGUGGCCGAGCCGCCGUCCAAGUCGCGGUUCUCGAACUCGACGAACGCCAGCACGGAAUCGGGGGCAGCGGUCUGUCGGCUCUAGACUUUGGUCUCACAGACUGUUCGCCUUUUGCAGCUGUGCCGAGACAGCACAUUCUGUUCUUCCACCUCGCGUCAGAGGCGUGCCUUGACAACGACGUGUCCAACUUCUUCUCCACACAGCGCCGCGCUACGGGAGGGGCGAGAAGCCCCCGCGCCGCCCUCGCCUCGGGGCGUUCCUCGCUGUAUCCGUGUUCACGAGGGCAAGAAGCCACGGCCUUUUGCACAGGCUCCGACGAGAGACGGCCGGGCGAAGGCGAAGAGACAGCGCGGCGCGCGGGGGGGAGAAAGCGAUCGAGGGAGAAGUCCGAAAGGCGACAGUUCGCCUUCCUUGGAGCGUUCAUGGUCGACGGGCUCUCCAGAGGAGCCGUCGGACGCCCCGUCGUUCAGCGCGUCGCCGGCCCCGCUCAGGUGCCUGUCGACGCAGGGUUGGAUGUAGUGGCGAUCGAGAAGGCGGAACUCUGCGAAAUAUCCCUGAUGACCUCCUUCCUGACAGUCUCUUCUUCGUCCGCCGUCCCCCCCGUCCCAGCCGGCGUGGUCGUGGGAGCCGCCGUGGCUGGGGGCCUUCCACUGUGCGGCGCGAGCGCCGCGAUUCCUCCCCUCGUCGGUCCCAGACAGCAGCAACAAAUUUUGUCCACGCAGCGCCGCGCGAGUGCAGCCUCGGCGUCGGUCGCAGCGAUGGGCGGCAACUUGGUGUGGGGCGAGCUCUCCGGGCUUCUGGCCUCUGCGAUUCCGCCCUGCCGCCUCACGCUGCGGACAGGCGCGCACGACCUCGUCGAGUUGCUCCUCUCUCCGCUGGUUCUCUGCUGCUCGCCGGAGGGGCCAAGUCCCCACCCGGAAACGCAGCUGGAGGGCGGCGCAGCUGGCGAAGACAACGAAGGACACGCAGAGAGUGAGCGUCGCCUCUCGUCUCUCUCGCCUCUCGCGUCGCUGUCUGCAUCUGGACAUCCCCGCACGUCAGCUGCCGCUCGGCCUCCCUCCGUGGUUGGCCCGUCUCUGCACUACGCGCUUCGCUGUCUCUCGUCGGUGUCGCGGAGCUUCGACCCUGUGUCGCCCAAGGCCUCGCUCGGGACCCUAUGGCCCCCCAGCAGGAGCGGCAGCCUUUUGCGGCCUCUGGGCGCCUUCUCCUCGACGCCUUCUUCUCUGUUGCUGCUGCCUCUCCAGCAAACACUCGCACCCUCUGGACUCGCGACGCCUUCCCAGUCUCACUGCGCGACGCAGCUCGUGCCGCCUUCGGGGGGCGUUGCGAGUUCGACCUCGGUGUGCGGCGCUGCAAAGGCAGAAGAGGAAGACCCGCGCCUUCCGCAGCAGCGCCCCGGCGGACGCGUGUCUCCAGUCCCCACUCCCGACUCAGGACACGCUGGCUCUUCGCGCGCUCAAUCUCCGUGUCGUGCGCCUUCCGGAGCGCCCCCGGGCGGCGACCCCACAGAAGGGACAGCAUCUCGCCCCCCCGCCUCGCCGUCCGCUUCUCGGGCUUCGCCCUCUUCGCGUUGGGUGCGUCCUUCCCUCGUGUCUCUGGCGGUGCUCCCAGCUUUCAAUGUGGCUGCAGGCGUCGUGGCGACGCCGGCUGAGGGCGAGGCCGCCAAGGGCCGGGUUUUCCUCUGGUACUACAGCGACAUGCUUGCAGGCAGUCCGCCGGUGUGCUGUCUCCAGUCUCUGCUCGUCGGUGGGGACGGUCGCGUGCGGCGAGCCGAGCCCAACAGGGACAGCCUGCGGAGGGAAGGGCGCGCGAGCGACAAGAAGGCUGCCAAGCGGGGAAAACCCCUGCCGUUGAUGCGCACAGUCUCCUGGCUUCCUGCCUCGUCCCUCGCGCUCUUUCAGCGCACGUGCACCGGAGCUGGCGACGGCGGCCUCGCGUUUGGAGACUCUGAACACGAGACACUGGAAAGUCCGAUCCGCGUUUUCGCAGGAGCCGGCGAGAGAGAAAACGACGAGACACUGAACACUCGGGACAUGCUGAGCGGUCGCUUGCCCGUCCUCGUCUGUGUCGCAGCAGAUUCGGCCGACGAAGAGGACGCAUGCAAGCUCACAAAGGCGCGACGCCGGCCGUUUCUGUAUGCUUUCGAGGUCGAUCUGCUUCACGCCCUUUUUGGAAUCCGCGAGGUCUCUCUCGCCUUCUCUCCCUCCCUGUCGCCGCUUCUUCCUCAGUCUCCUCCCGGAAGUGCUGUCUCCUCUCGGUCUCACUGCGCUUCCGCAGCGGGGCGCCGCUCGCCUUUCUUCCCGUUCUCGCGCAUUGUCGCCUCGCAAGUCCUGGAGCUGCCUGUCGUCUUCCUCGCGCGAACAAUCAAGUCUCGCCUGCUUCUCCUUCUUUUGGUGGAAAACGGUCCCGACGGAAGCCUGCCGCCCGCGGCCUCUGGGACCGAAGACGUGCAAAACGCGACAUGUGUCGAACCUGGGAGCGCGCGACUGUCUCCCCCGUCUGCGUCGCUCUCUUAUGCUCUGUUUGUCUAUGCGCUUGGACCGCUGCGGUCGGCGCAGGAGGCGUCCUCGAUCAACGAGCAGCCGCGAGACGCCGGGCGUACGCAAAGUCCUGCAGAGGAAAAUCGAUCACGGACGCGAUAUCGCGUCGUGUCCUCCAUCGACGGCUUCGGCCGCAGAGGCGCAGGGUCGCUCUGCUUCGAGCGGCUCGGUGUUUGGGCAGCCCUCAGCCCCGGCGAGAUGCACGCGACUCUCGGCUCUGUCGGCGAGCCGCUUCUCCAUGCAUGCGUCGUCUCUUCCUCAGCGCUUCUUCUCGCUUCUCCGCUGUUCUUCCUGGAGACUGCGGAAACCAAGUCCCCGGCCGCACCUAGCUCGCCGUCCUUCGGCGCCUCCCGCCUCAGCAGUCAGCAUUCCCAUGGACAGGCGGCCUCUUGUGUCCGACCUCACAGGGGGCGCGCCCGUCCGUCUUGCUCGACGUCCGUGGGCGACGCCAACGCGUCAUCGAUCUUCUCCGGAGGCGCAAAGUGCUUCCUUUUCCUUCUUCGUCUUGCCAAGCCACGCGCUGGCACCCAGCGGCUGCGUCGAUCUGCGCGGGGUCAGGGAUUCCCUGCUGUCUCUCCAUAUGGAGACUGGGACGUGCCAAGAGCGGGCGAAGAGCGUGGCGGCUGCGCACUCUCGAGACUGUCGCUGUUCGCGGUCGCGACUGUCCCUCGACGCCGCCGGGUCGCGUGCCUCGCCCUCGCCCCAGACGCUCUCGCUGUGGGGACGGCGCUGGCCCCCUCAUGGUGUGCCGGGCGAGGCGAGGAGGCGCCAGCAGUUGAGACCGACUCCCCCCUCGUCUUUGUCUAUUCCCUUCGGGGUCUCCCUCUCGUUGUCCCUUUCUCCCCCGAGGCGACGCAGCUCGCGGCAACCCUGCCGUGCCUCAGCCGGUCGGUCCCCGUUGCAGGUCGCCCGCAGCCUGCCGACUCCGAGGCGCAGCCGUCCUCUGCCAGCGCUUCGGAGAGUCAGGCUCUCUCAGGCCUGGCGCAAGGCUUUGCAUGCGCCAAGGCUUCCGGCGCGGGCGUGGCCUCUCUCACCACGACCGCUAGGAGGGACGGCCCGUGCCUGGCGUCUCCGAAUUCAGGUGUCUCUUCUCCCGUUCUCGCCGCAGACCCCCGCGACCAGGAACUGGACCUCGCGCGGGCCCUCUCGGUCCUCGCGGCUGUGGCGGCAGCGCCCCACGUGGAGCCGGAGGCAGCGUUGCCGCUUGUUGGGUUCGGGAAACCGACUCCUCGGCAGACCACGCCUGAAGCGGCGAGGCGCGUCGCAAGUGGAGUCUCUGCGGCGGGCUCUCCUUCGCCAAACCCAUCUCACCCCUCAGCUCCUAGUCAGGUGCCGCGAACUCAAGAAGUCCCGAGCCCCGCCGCGGGCUACGCCUCGGCCUAUGGGAGACUGCGAAGCCGGCGCCGGGGGCAGGGAAUGCUGGCGGUGCCGCCGCCUGAGACGGAAGACAGAGACCAGGGAGACGAUUGCGCAGAAGGCGGCGGGUCACGGAGCGGAGGAGCGCCCGCUGUCUCUGAGACAGGACGCGGCCUGGAGCCGUCUUCUGGAGACGCGAGCAGCUCGGAGGGCGUCCAAGAGUCGUCGGUGGCGCUUCGUCGGGUCGCCCACAUGGGAUUCUGUCGCCUCCCAGGAGCCGCGAUGGGUCUUCUCGUGAAGACAGUCGAAUGCGGGCGUGACCGCGGCGCUGCCGAAGCCUGGAGCGAUCAGGGCGACGCCGGCAGUUGUGUGUAUCUGUUUGUCUGUGUCUCGAGAUCGCAGAUGGGAGACGGUCGCGUUCCAGGAAGCGGGUCUAGCCGCCUUGCCCCACAGUUCGCCCCACACAUCUGGCUCCGACUCCUGCCCCUGCCGCCUGAGGACUGUCUCCCCUCGCAGCUCCAGGCCUUUUACCGACACCCUCUCGUCGCGGGUCUGCGCGACGCGUGGUGGGGCCCUGAGGCGUCUGCCUCGCUCCUCGCCUUCCUGGCGCUGCCGCCCUCAGCCUCCGGUUUGGGAGGCUUCACGGCCGCCUCCUCGCUGGACGAGGAGUCAGGAGACACUUCCCGGGCGGCCCGCGCCCCAGCCCUGCCCCACCACACCCCUGGAGCCCUGUGCGCCCUCGCCGUGAGUCGCCAAGCCGCCGCCGAUUUUCCUGUCUCUCCAGGAAGCUCCUCCGUACCGACGCGACACCGGCGCGCGGCUCCAGUCUCGGCCAGGGCCCUCCUUGUGUGUCCCGUUCCCGGCCUGGUCCAGGCGUUCUCGCUGCACACCCUCUUGCCAUUUCUUCUCCCCGUCGCUACGUUACCUUGGGCACCGCUCGCGGGCGCGCCCGCCAGUCCACCCGGGGGACGCGGAGCCCUCGAGGGGCCUCCCCACUCGCUUGCGUCUCCGUUGCGCGCCCCCAAGAGGGCGACGUCGGCCCUGAACCCCACCAACGCUGCGGCCGCGACAGUCGCCUCAGUUGCCUCGUCCCAGUCGGCGGCGCAAGCGUCGCAAGCUGCGAUCGCCCAGCAACACGAACAGCGGGAGGCCGAGCGACGCAUGCUCCAGGUCGGGGCUCCGCCCCUGCUUCUCCCUUACCACCCCGCAGUCGUCGGGUCUCUCUUCUCGAGCGGCUUUGUCGGGACUGUGAAGUGGAUUCUAGGAACUCUGCUCAGGUGUCUCCGUGCCGCCGGGCUGACUCCCCGAGACAAAAGCGCCGCGUCGCGCGAGGGGCGCGAAGUCGGCGGUAACGCGACAAAGGCGGCGCGUUCGGAGACCGAGCGGCUUCUCGGGGGACACUUUGAGGACGAGGCGAAACGCUCGAGAGGAAGCGAGGCAGGGUCGGAUGGUUUGUGGGAUCCUGCGCCUCCUGACGAGGCCGAUGCAGGAGACGGGUUAGCGAGUGUCGGCCUCUACGCGCCGGCGGGAGGCGCACACGCCGUCUGUGCCUGUCCUGAACACGCGGGCGGGAGAAGGGGAACUGCCAGGCCGGACGAGCUUUGCUGCUGCUGCUGCGUCCUCCAAACCCUCCUGCAGGCCUCGAUGACGUGCCUCUCUGCGGUGUUUCUCCAGUUCGCAGCACAGGAACAGGAGCUCCUGGCGGCGCGCGCCUCUCGGGUGUUUCGAGAUGAUGGACGGAAAGGCCCGCGGGACUCGGGAACUUCUUCGGCGCGGCAAGCGGCCGGCGCAGCCUGGGACGGGGGUCGCUCUGCUCCCUCUGUCUCCGUGGAGGCAGCCCCCGGAGACGGCGGCGUGCCCCUGGGCCCAGCCACGGGGAGGGAGGCGUUCUUCGUGGCCCUGCUGAGGCGGUGUGGGGUGGCCGGCAGAGGCGAAGCUGCAGGGGCGAGCGACACAGAAGGGAGAGACCUCAAAGGGGAUGGGGACAGGGGUGACGCGGCUGCUGCCUCAGGACGAGACGACCUGCCGGGGUUUACCUCGACGAGCUUCGUGGCCGGGGCGUCGCAGCCGAGAAGGAAGCUCGGCGAGAGAGCCGAGGAUUUGUUUGGGCCCGCGUCUGGGCAGGACGAGGACGACCCCUUCGAUGUGUCAGACCUUCUCGGCUUCGGGAAGAAGAAGGAAGUGGAUUUUUCGUCGGGGUCGAGCACCUGCGGGGCUUCGCGUUUCGACCCAAGCGCAUGCGGAAGCCAAAAUGCCACUCGCCCCGCGUCUCCCCUCUCGUCUACGCUCUCGUGUCUGUCUGCCUCCUCGGCUGCGUCGCUUGACCCCCUCGCUGUUUGCCUGGCGCAGGCCGACUUCGAGAUGCUUCUGCAGCUCCUCGCUCUGGAGAUUCCGGGCCUUCGCCUGUCGCCCCUGGAGCAGCGACAGCUGUGGGGCUUUGUGGCUGCGCUCAGGGCUCUAGAGCGGGGCCAGGGCGAGCGGGGGUACAAACCUGUCUCCACACUCGUUGAGGAUUUCCCGCUGGUCGCGGCGGCCGUCCUCGAAGCUGCGGGCGCCGCCUCAGAGGCUCUUGUCGCCCCGCGCGACGCAGGAACCGAGCGGACCGGGGACGAAGGCCUUUCUGCCCGUGCCGAGGGAGUUGUGGCAAUCCGCUCUGCCGCGCGGGCGAAUUGGGGAGGCUGGGAGGGUGUCGACGCGAAGGAACCUGAACCCAGAACGAAACGGGACUUGGGCCCCGUCCAGGAACAGGCGGCGCGACUUGCAGGCAACGCACUCCGCAGUUGGGCGCUGCGGACGUCGACUGCUGCCGCAGACAGCAAACGCCGAAGGGCCGGCGAGCUGGACAAGGAGGCCUGCCUAGCGAGAGCGCGGCUAGGCCUUCUCCAGUUGGCGGAGGCGGACGCAGACCUCUCCGGCGCUGGUGCUCGACGCGCGGCCUCACGUCAGUCGUCUCGUCCUCUCCCUGCGCUUCUGCUGAGCAGCGAAGACCUCUGCUGGUGUGUCCAGGCAGAUGGAGAAGAGGCGAUGCUCGCGGAGGCCGUCGCCGCUGCCCGGAAGGCCACCGGCGCUCAAGACAAAUUGCUUUGGUCCAACAUGAAGAAACGCGGCGUGGGGUUCUGGCUGCGAAGUACCACGCAGGUGCGUGCGCUCGCGGACUUGCUUCUCAAAGACGCUACCGUGCUGGCGGCUGCCGAGGCGGCGGCGCAGGGCGCGUUUGGAGCCCAAGGCGGCCCCGACGGAGACAGGGCACCCUUCGGGUCUGCCUCGGCCUUCUCGCUCUCCACCGCGCCGGCCGCUGAAGGCGAGGGCCGGCAAAUGCCUGGUGCCAUCCUGUCAAAGGCAAAUUCUUUCCACCAGGACUGCGCAGCUCUCUGGGCCGUCGCAAGCGACCGGCUCAGCUUCGUUAAGGCAGCCUACAAGCAACGAAAAAACAUGAAGGUCGUUGAGUUUCUUUCACGCGAUUUCGGAGACCCUCGUUGGCAAGCUGCUGCCGAGAAGAACGCGUACAAGCUCGUCCAGCAAAGGCGGUACCAUCUAGCUCUCGCCUUCUUCAUCCUGGCGCGACAAAUUCGCGAGGUGUGCGACCUCUGCUGCCGCCAGUUGGAAGACGUCCAGCUGGCUCUCUUCCUUUGUCGCCUGGUCGACGCGACGCAGAGACCGUGUGGGCCGCCGCUGGGGACCGAGCCUUUUUCCUUCGCUUCGGCGUUCUCCGCGCUUGGAGGCAGCGGGGCAAGCGACGUUCUCUCGCCCAGUCCCCCGCCAAAGUCCGGCGGCGCGGGGUCGGCUUCUCCUUCCUCGCCUGUCCUCGGCAUCCCCGGGCUCUCCGGCAGUAUGCACCACCCGUCCCUGUCUCCUCCUCCGCUAUCUUCUCCGACGCUCGGGGCCGUCUCGCCCCAGCCGGCCUCGGCGUUGCCGGGGGGGACCCUGUCUCCGUCAGGUGUCUCUGCGUCUCCCUCCUGUCCUGCGACCGAGUAUCGCCGCGUGUUGUUUCACCGCGUGGCGCCUCUCGCGGCGGCUGCGGGGGACGUCUGGCUGCUCCACCUGGCCUUCUGGCUCGCGGGGGACCACCGGGCGGCCUUCUUCGUUCUCCUUCCCCCCCAUCUGCCCCCGAAGUCUUUCUCCCACUUUGCACCCCACAUCCGGCCGCAUGCACCAACGGUUUCUCUCCGUGCCGAGUCCGCGCAAAGCAGCGCGUUUCCUCGAGGCUGCGCGGGACUCGUCGAUCGGACCACGAACUGGCUUUCCGGGGGCAGCGAUGUCUCCACUCUCACGCCGUUUGACCCGCGUUCGUUCUUCUCGCAAGAAUCCCCGCUCGCCUGGGUGUCCCUUCUCUCCUCGCCCCUCUCUUCUUCGGUUGCGCAGUGCGUCGCCAGUUCCUCCCACGUCCCGCAGGCCUUGGGCGUCUCUCCCGCCGCGUCGGCCCACGCAGAGACGGGGCCCUCUUUCCUCCACCCGGGCAUGUCCUUUGGCUCUUUUUUUUCGAACAGCAAAGAGGCGCCGCGCGUCUCCGGCCACGUGCAUGCAGACGCCGACAGCUUCGACGGCGGCACCCUCAGGCACUCUCAGCUGUCUCUGAGUCUCGUGGCCUUCCAGAGCGUCGUUCAAAACGCGCUGCCCAUCAAGCGGCUUCGCGCCCAGCUCGAAGAGCAGCACGCACAGCUCCAAAUCGCCCGGGAACUGCAUGCGCAGCUUCGCAGCUGGCCGCCGUCGCAGGGCCCUCAGGGCGCUGCCUUUCCCAACUUCGGGCCUCGUGAAGACCCGACAGGGCAGAGUUGGAACGCCCCCGUCUCGGACCCAGACUCUGUCCUGUCCGCGGGCUCGGCGACUGAAGACGGAGGCUUCCCCGGGGCCGCGCAGCACAGCCGCAGCUUCUCGUUUGCCUCUCUGCCUUCGCGGGGGUCUUCGGUGCAACGGCCCUUCCAUUUUCUUCACCACAGCAGCGGGUCCACGCUCACAGGCCUCUCGGACACGACCCGAGGAGACUCGAGCGAGAUUGGAGGCGGGGCGGGCGGAAGCGGGCAGCUGUCUGUGCGCCGAGGAAGAGGGACAGAAGAUGCAGACGGCACUGUCGCGGGUGUCUCCCCCUCCACCAGUGGAGGCGGCUCUCGAGCGCCAGAGAGGGAACAAGGAAGCCCGUUCGACAGGGGCGGCGGUCCCCAGGCUUCGCACCUGCCUGACCCUUCCAAUUCGUCGCGGGAAUCCGCGGCGGAGCCCCAUGCCGGCGGGCGGGGCGCGUCGGUCUCCGUUUUUACGGGGGCUGCUGAGCCCACAGAGGCCCGCGGGGCGUGUGGGGGGGUCACGCCGACGGGGGACAAGGGCGCAGGGGGAUGCGAGGUCGGGGCGGAUGUCUCCGGAGUGCCCGAGUUCUCGGAAACUGCGGUCAUUGGCGAGACGUGUCUCUGGGCUCUGACGAAUCCUGCAGCUGCUGCCACGUGCGAGUUCUAUCUCCUGACCCUCGCUUACCUUCAGCAGAGGCAGGCCUUCCUCGCCGCGCUCGCGUCCACGAGGUUUCUCGCUCUCGCUCGAGGCGGGGACCUCGACGAGGAACGGCGGAGACGGGAAACGCGCCGUGGCCACGUCCAGGCUCCAGGGAGAGAAGGACGUACGCUCCGCUCGCUGGGAGAGGAGACGGAAGCAGAGGCCGGCCGCCGGGCGACCGACGGUCGAGAUCGGCCUGGGGACAGUCUUGACCUCGCGUGCUCGGUUGUCGCCAGGGGAGCCCCUACAGCGCAGGCGGCAUUCGACCUUCUGUUUGCUUCGUGGGUGCCUUGUCUCACCGUGGACCGAUCUUUGCUGUCUUCAGAAGCUGCGCUCCAAAUCCGGCUGCCGUUCCCGGAGGAUCUCUUUGUGAACAAACCGGGGAGAAGCGCGACCCAUCGGCCGUCUGCUGAUCUGUCUGAGCUGACUGGCUUAAAUGCAGGCACAUUGCUCCUUCUCCCUGAAUCGCCUUUUGCCUCUCUCGUCGCUCGCCUCCCUGUCUCCUCCGCAGUCUCUGAGAAGCCGGCUCCCAGCUGUCUCCACUGCGGCGUCGCUCCAGAGGCUGCCUCAGCUUCUCUCCAAGGCGUCGCCCUCAGUCUCCCCGACACCGUUGCGGCCUGCUUCGUCUCGUUCCUCGACCGCUUCUGUGGGGACUCCGCGGGUCUCGUCCCCGUGUUCAACAAGGCCCUUCUGGCUGCCAGUUCGCUCGCGGCGGCCGCUGCCCGUAAGAGUGCCGCCGCGUAUCCCUUCAGUCCCCACUGUCCCGCCUGUCGCCCCCAGCCCUCAAUCGUGGACGCAGAGACACCCGCCUCUUCCUCGGCCCCAGCGCCGUCUCCGUGUCCGUCUGUCCCUUCAGUCGCAGCUCCACCCGUUCCUUCUGCCGGAGAAGCCGCUCUCACUUCGACCGCCACAGCCUUCCAACACAGAGUCGCGGGCUCGAGCCCGAUUCGCGCCCUGGGCCUUUUGGAAUGCAUCGCCUCCCAGCUGCUGCUGUGGUCGGACAGGCGCCGCCGCAGUUCAGGCCUGUCGGCUGUCUCCGAUCUCUGCGGAGACCGAGUGAGUGACACGCGAGUCGGCGCCGCGUGCAGUUGCGCGGAGAAGCGACUUCUCCAAGCGAUUCAGGCAGCCGAGAAGCUCGGAGGCGGCCGACGCCUUGCCGCCGUCGCCGCCAAUGUCAUGGCCUGGGCCGCCGGAGUAGGACCUGUCGCGACCGCUGUCCGAGAGCAGCGGUUUCUCCGGCGCCUUCGACGCGCCCCAGAGACCGACGGAGAGGCCCCUGGAGACGCUCGGGGCUUUGGAGACGACCGGGGGACGUUUUCCACCGAGAAGGCGGGACGGGGUCGGGCCGCUGUGGACGGGAGUCCCCAACCGGCCGACAGCCUUGUCCCAGCAAAGGUGGAGAAGGGCGAGUCCUCGGCGACCGUGGUCUCGCCUUCUUCACCCUGCUGGGCUGUAGCCGCGGCCCUAGGCGGGAGGCUUCCAGCUUUCUUUGAGGAAGACACGCAACACCUGGCCUCGAGCUGCUUCCUGGCAGCGCUUCGGGCGGCGGCUCUGGGGCGCCGCGCCGCAGUCGCCCGACGAUGCGAAGAAGCCCCCAGCACAGCGACAGGGCCCAGCCGGCUCGUCAGCAGGCGCGGGCGGAAGGCGGCCUGGCGCCUCGCCCGGUUCUGUGCAGCGGGGUGGGUGAGGAGCGAAGCUCUUCUCGACCUGAGUUGGCGGCGCGAGGUUCAGAUCCUGCAGCGGUUGCAUGCAGACGAAGCUGGCGAGCUAGGGCGCGCGUGCCGGCUGGGCGUCCGAGGCGGAGACCCUUCUGGUGGCCUCGAGGGAAGGGAAGCACGAGAGGCCUUUUCAGGCGACGGGACCAUCGGCGUCCUCGCGAAGGAGCUAAUUGCCAUUUUCGAUGCUCCGGAGCGACAGCUGUUUGAUUCCUUGGCGCUGUUUUGCUGCACGGCGGCGGCGGCAUCCGCGCUCGAUGUUUCGCUCUCCGCCGAUUCACCUUCUGUCGGCGGCCUUGGAGGAGAUAGGCGACACGAAGAGACACGACCGUUUGUUUGCAAAUCCUGCAGAGAGCAUGGAGAGGAACUCCAAGGGGUCUCGGCCGGCUCGCGGCCCUCCGCGUCUGUCCACUCGCUUGAGCAGCUCCAGCGCCUCUUCGAACUCGUCGUCGUCGCCCUCGCCUGCGUCAGCCUCUGUCUCUCGGCGGCAUUUCCUUUCCUUGCUCUAUUCUUCUCUCUCCACCCCAGCACACACACGGGUGCACACCACGCCUCGCCCUCCGGCCGCAUUGACCGGGGGCCCGCACCCGGUAGCGCGAAGCACCAAAGGGAGACAGCAGGCGGGGACGGUCGCGCGCUGGCGUCCUCAGGGACUUCGACAGGAGGACCAGAUCUCCGUUCGGACGAAGCGCGGCCUGCAAGAGUCUCCGCUCCGUCGACGCCGAGAGCGGGGGCGAAUCGUGAGGCCUCGAAUCGGGAUCGAGAAGACGGAGGCGAGUUCGGAGCCUCAGGAGACGCUCGAGGGCCCGACCUUGGCGAAGACGACGGUGGCGACGCGCGGCCGUUCCACCCGCUACAGAUUGUUCUCCACAUUGCUGUCUACCUACAAUUCAUCCUCAUGCAGCCGCAGAGGUCCACGUGGCGAGUCGAGCUCCGUAAGCAUCUCCAAGACUUUCUCUGGCCUCGGUUGCAGUUGGUAGGCGCCGCUGAGGAGCCGAGCAGCAGUGCCUGCGAAGCGAAGGAGUCAGCCGCAAAGGACGCUCGGGGCGAGGUGUCUCGCGGAAGCAAGUCGGAUUUUUUCCCGGCGUCCUCGAGUCUCCUCCAAUGCCUGGCCACGUGUUUGAGUGUGAAGGUCUUUGAGUUCCUUCUGGAUGUGCUUCGAGCAGUCGAUCGCGAAGCGCUGCGUCUUCUCCACUUCCUGCAGCUUCUCUCUCUAGUGCCCACUUCCCGUGGAGACUCACCAUGGAUGACGGAAACCGAGCGAGAAGGUGUCUCCGUGAAGGGAGCGGCGGUCGGGAGCUCGGAUGCGCCGUCUUCUUCCUCGUCCGGGGGGCUCCUGCCUCCAAUUGCGUCAGGCCCCGAGGCUGAGGGUUUCACCGUUUCCGUCCAGAUGCGGCCACAUGCUCUGUGGUUGCAGGAGCGACAGAUUAGCCAUCUGCGGGGUUGGAUAGAUCGUCUCUGUUUCUCUCUUUCGUCGUUCCUCUGCACGCAUCUGCGGCCGCUCCUGACGCGCGCGGCGCCUCCAGCUGCUGCGGUUCUCUUGCCGCUUCUCUGCAACGCAGACCAGGGCGAUCUGCGCUCUGGAGUCCCGGGCGUCGAGCGGUCUGUGAAAGGCCCAAGCGCGAGCGAAGUAACGCGCGUGUCGCUUCUCGACAACUCGUUUCCUGGCCUGACGAAAAGCACGAAAGGGUCGCUUCUUUGCAGGUCGAUCUCCGUGCUUCUCGGCGCAGAGGCUUCCCAGCUCUGGAUUCUCCUCGGGUGCACUUCCCGCCUCCAGUGGCUCUUCUCUCAGCUUCCACUCCUCCCGCUUCCGCAGCCAGUCCCUCCGUCUGGGCCCCCAGGCGCCGCCUUCGCUGCUCCGUCCUCCGGUGGAGGCCAUGGCAGGCCGAAGGACGCCGCUGCGGGCCUCUCUCCGGCGGGUCCCGGUGGAGCCCCAGCGGCCACUCACCAGAAACUGUCAGUCGCAGGGGUUGUCGAGAGAGCGGCUCGGGCUGCGGUUCUGCCUGGCGGCCUCUCAGGGGGGCGCGGGAUGUGGGAGAGCGCAGGGCCCGGUGUCCAUGAUGCAGGAGUCGGCGGUUUUGGAGGCCGAGCAGGAAAAAAAUCUGCAUGCGGCGAUUCCCUGACACGCAUGCAGCUUCAGCAGCAGCUGGUGCGGGCGGGCAUUCCGCAUUUGCUCGUGGCCGACCGGCCCUAUCCUACUCAGAAACACAGCGGGUCUGGGAGGCCUCUCUCGCGUCUUCAACAACAGAUCUUGGCCGAUCUACCGUCCCUGCGAACUGCCGACGAACUGGUUGCUUCUGGGGCCUUCCCAGGCGUGCCGUGUGUCCUCGGCGGCCUGUUUCCGGCGGGGAAAGUCUGCAGCAUCGCGGCGUCGCGACCUGCAACAAACGCUGUAGAUGCUUUGCGGAAAACGUACGACCAUCAUCUCCCGUCCUUCCUCACUCCGCAAGCUGUCGCGCUCCUUCUUGCCGAGGCAGCCGGCCUGCCAUCCCACACGAAAGCCGCAGUGGACGCGGCUCUCUCUCCCGCCUGUGCGGCCUCUGUUCGUCCUUCACAUGCGUCGCCCUCAAGCGUUUCUUCCUCGCUGUCCCCCUGGUGGAGUUCGCCGUGCUGCGCGAUCCCGCUGUGCGCCGUUCUCGGGCCCGUGACGGCGGCCUGCUGCGGAAGCAACCGCCGCCGGCACUUCCCCCCCGUCGGUGCUUCGAUCAGCACCGACCUGGCGAUCGCCGUGGGGCCUCUCGAAGGCCUUUCUGCCCAGGGAGGUAACGCAAGCAGCUACGUGCUUCGAACUGUGCGCAUCCCGCCCUCGCUCUUGGGGUCUUCGUCGUUCGGAGGCAGCACUUGCACGGCUUCCCUGCUCUACGGAGCCGCCGCCGCAGUCCACGCCACGGCAGCCGCGACGGCUGCUGUCGCUGCAGCUGCGGAGGAGGACGGCGCGAGACGCGUCGCUCGGAGGCAGGCCGCACUAGCGCCGUCCCCCGAGGUCGACGAUGUGGGGACGGCCGACCAGGCGGCUCGCCCGGAUCCUCCGGGAGAGCCCGCGGGACGCCAAGCACAGGCCCCGAAAAAACCCUGCCACGCGGACGCGCCGUCAAAGCCCUCCGCCACCCAGUCCGAGGGGCUGUUCUGUGUGGGGCAGGGUGUGGGCCCGUCUGACGCGGAGACGGGGACAGAAGUCGCGAGACGCUCAGAGGCGGCCAGAGGCCUUUCGCAGCGAAGCGAACGCGCAGAGGCUUUGCAGGCGGAGGCCCGGUGGCUUCUCUCGGUGAGCGCCCCGCUUGUCAGCGAGGUGGGCGGCCCAGGCGGGGCCUUUGUCGGCAUCGCUCCAUUGCGCCGAGCGACUGUGAACAGCUCUCAGCAUCUCCAGCGGCGUCUCCGCAUGCUAGCGCCUCUCCGCCACCGGCAACUGGCCCCAGGGCUCGAGCCAUCGAAGCCUGGCGGUUCGGAGCGGGCGGCUCCUCCGGCCGACGCUCUGGUGAAAACGUCGAGUCUCCUGACUGCGAGCUGGGCCGAAGGGUCGGUGCUUCUUUCCGUCUGGUUCGGCUACCUGUUGACGCGGGACACUUCCCUCUUCGCGUACGCACAGGUGGAUCGGAUGAGCGCGGCGAUGCGGCUUCUCGCUGCCGCCGCUGCAGCGGAUGUGGCCGCGCCCGUCCAAAAAGAAGGCAGUGGAAGCCAGGGCGCGGCGAAGCCUGGCGGUCCGGCGGGAGGCGCGAAGGGAGCAGCCGCGCAUCCACUUUCUCCGACUGGCAUGGACCCCUCGGCAGGAGGCAGCAGUUCGUCGGCAGCUCACGGCCUGCCGACAUCCACGUCGUUGGAGCCCACUUUUCCGUAUCAGGCGUUCCCCAGUCUCUCUGUCCUCCGGUCCCGGUUCGCCUUCACCGGCGCGGUCAGCGCGCAUCCAUUCCUGCCGAUCUUUGCGGCGGCGCUCCAAGCAGUCGAUUUCCAGUCCUGCCCAGCAACUGCGUUCGCGGCGAUUCUGCGGCCCUUUGGAGCCCACGCGCGGAGCUUGCCCAAGGCCGCUCCGGCGGCUCUCCCGCCACCGCCGGACAGCUCGGCCAGCGACGCGGCGAGACGCGAGUCUGAGCCGCGAGAAUCUGGAUCGGGGAGUUUGAAGGGGGACAGCCGCGGCGCCGCAGCUGGGAGCACAGUGGCGAGAGACAAAGGCUCCCACAGCGAUUCCCAGACGGACCGCGCGCGUCGAGACACACGACCUGGGGCUGAGCAGCUGCGGGCGGAAGCAGAGAACGCGAGGGUGGGGGAGCUAGGACUUGGUGGGGCGAAAGGUGUGCAACUGGGUCAAGAGACGUCGCUUUUAGACUCCCGUUCGGGAUCCCUCAACAUGGGUGCUCUCGGACGUCACGAGGGGCGCGACUCGGAGACAGGACAGGCCGCUUCGGUGGGGUCUGCUGAGCGUCGCCAGGUGUCUCAGCCGCUCCGGACAGAGUCAACCGACACGGUGGCGGAUCGUGGCGAAGGCAGUUUCUCUUUCGACGGCGGCCUUCCCGCAGAGAUGGGAAAGGGGGCAGGCGCCAAGGGGCGAGCCGCAGGCGCCCGAAGUCCUGGCGGCGCCGGUCUCCGGGCGGGGAUCGGCUCGAGCGCGCUCGCCGCUGCGUCGCCCGUUGGAGGCGGAGCGCGCUCGGUAUCGCGGCCACAGCAGGAGGCGCGGUUACAGAGUUUCGGCAACAUCACCGCCGCGGUGUGGAGUGAAUCUGGAGACAGUCUCUAUCUGGCAGAUUCGAAUGGGUGGGUCCGAGUCUUUGGCCUGCUUCGCGGGCCCCUGAUGCCGCCGUCUGCAGCCGUCUCGGUUGCAGCGGCUGCAGCAGACCCCGAAACUGCCUCGCGUCUGGGGAUGUCUAGCCACCUGCCACGUGGGGGUCGCGUCGGCCCCAGUCCCGUGCUCAAAGAAAGCAUGCUGGCGGCAGCCCUGCAACAAGUUUCUCGGCCGACAGUCGCCUGGCGCGCCCACAUGUCAACGGCCGAAGUGCUUCCGCUCUUCGGGUGCGGAUCGUGGCUGUUGACGCGAGGCGUCGGCCUCUUCCCGCAUGCGAUUCGCCAGAAUCCCGUCCUGGUUGAAGGGUGUCCUUGUUCUCCAGGGGCUUCAGAUCCGGAGCCGUGGGCCAAAGGCACCGGCGCCGCAGAAGGCGUGGCAGAGAAACCAAGAGACCCCACGGAUCCCGAUUUCCUCUACAGAAGGGGCCGGGGCCGAGAAGAAGUCGAUCGAGCGCGCGGCGUGGGACGCAGUGCCUCCGUUGGCGGCGGCGCUCCAGGCGAAGGCUACGGAGACGACGAAGACCACGCGUGUGGAUCCGACGAAGGUGGACUUCUCCGCGGCGAGCGGGCCGUGGAGAAGUUGAAGCACCCCAUGCGGGUUUCCGUUCAAGCGCACAGUGCUGGCGCGAACGGCACAGGCGGAAGCAGCGGCGGUCUCGGCGGGCGCGGGGUCCGCACUGCGACGCCUCCCGGGAGAACUCGAGCGUCCGCGGGAGAAAACCAGCGGUCUGGGCCGGCGACGACUUCACAGGGUUCGAGUGCCGACCUCGGAGAGAGUGGAGAGGAACUGAGGCGUCGGGAACGAGGGCGAUGUGAUUCGGCGACGGACACGGCGGAGGGCGGGGCGAAGGCGAGCGGGGGUCAUCACCACCAUCCGUUCUCAAUUUUCCGGCGCGGCCGAGGCAAAGGCUGCUGCGAGGCGGCCGCAGCUGGUGCAGGCGGGGGCUUGGGGCGCAUGCGGACGGCGUGUCUCCCGGGGAGGAGAAGGGAGUCCGUUUCGGCAACGACCGAGACUGAGAAGGAGGGCCCCGACGAUGUCCCGCUGGGGUCGAAGAGGCGGCGGGUCCUUCGCAUGGUCCCCAACGCCGCGCGGCGACGCUUCAAACGCACAGACGUCAUCGCGAAGAUCCACUCGCGGCUCCUUCAGUACCAGAGUCUGCUGCAGCUCCGGCACGCCAGUUCGCAGCUCCUCUCUCGGAAAAACAGUCAGCGCGACGUGGGCGAGGCAGGCAAGUGGCGCAGCCAAGGCAGCGGCGAGUCCAAGCCGUCGGUUCCUGGGGCGGUCUUCGACUACCCGUACUCUGGGACGCUGACGCGAGGCCGCAUCGGCCCCGAGGGCUUCGCCAGCCUCUCGGGGGACUGUGCUCUCUACAGCGACGGCGACGGGAACGACGACAGCCAGUCCGGAGACGUCGGCCCUCUCGCGACAACCCUCCCCCUGCAGCAGUGGACGUCUGCUCUGUUUGGGUUUGGCGGGCCGGGAGAGGUGUCGGAUGAGGACGAGUCGCUGAGUGGCAAGGAGCGGUUGCUCGGCAAGACCAGCAAGCAGCUGCCUCGAGUCGCAGGGCCGUGCAUCUGCGUUUGGGAUCUGUGGGACAUGACUGAAGGCGGACCACGCCUCGACUGCGUGAUCACGUGCGACGAUCUCCUCCUCACGCGUGCGCAGCACCACCUAGCCAGCGCCGGCCCCGCGGCGACCGCGCGCGUCUCCAAACGCGGGAAGAAAGCCAAGAAGAGCGCUUCAGCCUCGGAGACGCGCCCCGGCAGAGACACGUGGGAAGUCGUCCCCACGCACACUCCGACAUGCAUGUGCGUCGCUGUCCUCCAAGACGGCUCCGCUGCCUGCGGCUGCUGUUCAGCUGCAGCCAGCGGCGGGUGUGCGUGCUCGACUGCGGGGUCGUUGAGUGCGGCAGGCGGCUCACGGACCUGGAGCAGCGCCGGGGCUGGGGAGCUGCGAGGUUCCGGAGGCGCCUGCGCCCUCGGCAGCAGCUGUCGGUGUUGCAGCUGGUGCUGCGGCUCCAUGCGGUGCGUCUUGUACGGAGACACAGACGGCUUGGUGCAUGCAGUCGAUUUGGCUGCUCAAGAGGAAAUCCACCGCUGGCGCGCACAUCCGUCUGCCGUGGUCGCGUGUGCGGUGUCGCGGCCUGCGGCGAGCCCCUCGCACGCAUCCCUCCCCGCGUCUUGGCUGAUCACUGCCACAGUCGCCUCCGCUGCGGACGCGACGUUCCGGUGCUGGAGUCUCUCCUCGCUUGCGGGAGGUCCGCCAUUCCUUCUCUACGAGUUCACCUCGCCGGGGCACGUCCCGCGUCCUCUCCGGGAAGCGGGAGGCCGCGCACCUCGGGCCCCGGCAGGCGCAGAAGUGGGAAAGCCUGGCGGCGUGGCGGGCGCCGGGAAUGCCUUCUUCAGCAGCUGGCAUGGAGAACUGGGGGAUACCCCUGGAGUCGUCGUAGGAAGUGUCGGCGCGCACCCAGAAGAGCGAAGGAAUAUGGAGGCAGUGGGACUCUUGGGAGAGGGGGAGCGUCCAGGAAUGGCGCAGCAGCCGCCUCAGUCGGUUUCUCCUUUUUCGCCCUUCGCCCCUUCGUCCGCGAACGCGCUUGUGCGUCUUCUCGGGGGAGAUGCAAGGGACACGAAAGAGACGCAGCCGCCGGGGACUGCAGAGGAAAGCGUAUCCAUGAUGCAAGUCGUCGGUCCUGGACAAAUCCUCACGGUCCGCCAAGACGGCAUUGCCCUUUUAAAUCGCUUGUGA